AAACAAUGCCCGGAGAUGAGAGCAAACGGGUCAAAUAAGCGAGCGGAGCAUUCCAAGAGAGGAAGGCGUGGUCGGUCAGCGAGUUCCCAUCAGCCACGGACGAAUCUCCACCAUGCACUCUCCCGUUCCCUCUCUCUUCCUCUUCUUCUUCUUCCUCUGCUUCGCCCAUGGCACCGCCCACCUCGACGGCCCGCCCCGGCACCGUUGCCCCCCCACAAGUUGCCCCAGCGGGCCGCGGGUCCGGUUUCCGUUCUGGUUCCCAGGCCGCCAGGGUCCCGAGUGCGGCUAUAAGGGCUUCGAACUGAUCUGCGACGACCGUGGGCGGACUGCGCUCUCGGUCCCAAACACCUCACAACCGCUACUCGUCGAGUCCAUCGACUACAAAUCCCAGUCCGUCGUCCUGCAUGACCCCACCGGGUGCCUCCCCUUGGUGAUCGCGAACCUCACCCAAAGUCGCUUCUCCGCUAGCAAGUUGUAUUCGAACCAGGACCCCUACAACUACGUCCUGUUCAAGUGCCCCCCGCCCGAUAGAGACUACAUGACCGAGGUGGCUUGCCGGAGCAAGCCCCCGUCGUACAGAGUCUACGCCGUUGAAUCAUCCGACUAUGUCGGAAACUUGCCGCUGGUGUACUGCGAGAGGAGCGGGAGCGUCGACCCGCUGCCGAACCCGAUCGAUGACAUGAUCGACCAGGCCCAGUUCGAAUGGACAACGCCGGACUGUAAAAAGUGCGCAGAGGGGUUAUGUGGAUGGAACGGGAGCAAAAUCGAAUGCUUUCCGCCUCGUCAUGGACAGCCGGCAAUAUUAAAGUUAGAGAUUACCGGAGGCAUCGUGGGCUCGUUAUUACUUCUUGUCGGAUUGAUCGGACUCGGCUAUGUCCUCAACGAAAGAAGAAGAGAUAAAGCAUUCCAACUCAAGAUCGAGAGCUUCUUGCAUGACUAUGAGGCCCUCAAGCCCACCCGUUACUCCUACAACGACAUCAAGAGGAUAACCAAUGACUUCGAGGAGAAACUAGGCCAGGGGGCUUAUGGAACGGUCUACAAAGGGAAGCUUUCGAACGAGAUUUUUGUCGCCGUGAAGAUGCUGGACAAUUCGUUCGGGAAUGGAGAGGAGUUCAUCAACGAAGUGAGCACUAUGGGAAGGAUUCACCACGUCAACGUGGUUCGGAUGGUGGGUUUCUGCGCUGAUGGAUUCCGAAGAGCCUUGGUGUACGAGUUCCUGCCGAACGAGUCUCUGGAGAAGUUCAUAUUUCAGGGCGAAGACACUCUCGACCCUUUCCUUAGUUGGGAGAGGCUCCACGACAUCGCUCUUGGAGUGGCCAAAGGCAUAGAGUAUCUUCACCAGGGGUGUGAUCAUAAGAUCCUCCAUUUUGACAUCAAGCCACACAAUAUCUUGCUGGAUGACAACUUCAAUCCUAAGAUUGCGGAUUUCGGUCUGGCAAAGCUAUGUUCCAAGGAACAAAGCGCAGUGUCCAUGACUGCAGCCAGAGGUACCAUGGGCUACAUCGCCCCAGAAGUCUUCUCCAGGAACUUCGGAAGCGUAUCCUCUAAGUCGGACGUGUACAGCUUCGGAAUGCUGCUGCUUGAAAUGGUGGGGGGGAGGAAAAACGUGGACGUGAACGCCAAGAACAUGAGUCAGAUGUACUUCCCGCAGUGGGUCUAUAACCAUCUGAAUAAGGGUGAAGAGCUUGAAAUACGAAUCCGAGAGGACGGCGACUGUAAGAUUGCCAGAAAACUGGCAAUCGUGGGGCUCUGGUGCAUUCACUGGUACCCGGCAGAUCGGCCUCCCGUGAAAGUGGUGGUUCAGAUGCUGGAGGGAGAAGAGUGCCCCGUCAUGCCAAAAAAUCCUUUUGUUUCCUCUAAUUCAGGGGAAGCUGCGACCAUGCAGGGAAGACUCUGGAACACGAAUCUAGAGGUUAUCGAGGAAAGUAAAAAAAGAACAGUGGAUCUUUUGGCCGAGGUUAAGCCAAAAGGUACUGAUGCCUCAGAAGACGUGGCCGCAAGCUUCUGUCGUCUUAUGUUUUCUGUCUUCCUUCUCUCCAUCACCCAUGGCUCUCGAGGUGGCUCGGCUCGGACGCAAUGCCCACGACUCCGGUGGCGAAGACGGCGAGGGGGAGGUUUUGCAAUUCAGAAACCCGGAAACCGCCGGUGGCUGCUAACGGAGCAGAGGAAGAGAGAGAGAGAGAGAGAACAAGAUCCAGUAGAUUUUUCAACCUUUCUUUUUCUUAACAUUUGUCCGCAUCGCGUCGUCAACCUAAGUUCGCGAUUGGAUUUCAGUAAAAGAAUAAUUCAUCGUGCCGUGACAAAGACGGUUGCCCGAGAGACGAGAAAUGAAAACCAGCGACCAUUCCUGGUCAUGAAUGAGCAAAGCUCCGGCAGCGAACAGGUCUUAUUCCAAGAGAAGGAAAGUGCAAGGAACAAGUCGGGGCCCAUUAUCAAUAACAAGAAACAGCACAGCCCUCGCACAACACCUCAGUUUCGUCAACACCACCGCCACAUCUCCUCCAUGCACUCUCCGAUUCCGUCUCUCCUCCUCUUCUUCCUCCUCUGCUUCGCGCAUGGCACCAAAGACCUCGGCCACGUUCCUACCCGGGACCGUUGCCCCCGCGGAGGGUGCUCCCAUGGGCUGCCGGUCCACUUCCCGUUCUGGCUCGAAGGCAGCCAUGGUCCCGAGUGCGGCUACCCAGGCUUCAAACUGUUCUGCAACCAGGAUGGGCAGACUGCGCUCUCGGUCCCAAACGCCUCGCUAGUCGUCAAGGACAUCGACUACGUCUCCCAGUUCGUCGUCCUGCAUGACCCCACCAAUUGCCUUCCCUUCCGGAUCCUGGACCUCAACCACCUUGGCUUCUACGCGUCCAAAUACCCGUACCCGUACGAUAAUUCCUACAACUACACCCUGUUCAAGUGCCCACCGCCAGACAGGACCUACCUGACCAAGGCAGAUUGCCUAAUCAUGCCCGGGUCGUACAAAGUAUACGCCGUUGAAUCCUACAGGUCUAUUGGAGACUUGCCGCUGGUGUACUGCGAGAAGAUCGGGAGCCUCAACUCGCUGCCGAACGCGAUUGAGUACAUGAUCCCCGAUGCUCGUUUCGACUGGAAAGAGCCGGACUGUAGGAAAUGCACGAAGGACGGGUGGUUGUGUGGAUGGGACGGGAGCAACAUCACAUGCAAUCCACCUCCUCGUGGACACCCCGCAAUAUUAAAGUUAGAGAUCACCGGAGGCGUCGUGGGCCCGUUAUUACUUCUUGUCGUAUUGAUCGGACUCGGAUAUGUCCUCAACGAAAGAAGAAGAGAUAAAGCAUUCCAACUCAAGGUCGAGAGCUUCUUGCAUGACUAUGAGGCCCUUAAGCCCACACGUUACUCCUACAACGACAUCAAGAGGAUAACCAAUGACUUCGAGGAGAAACUAGGCCAGGGGGCUUACGGAACGGUCUACAAAGGGAAGCUUUCGAAUGAGAUUUUCGUCGCCGUGAAGAUGCUGGACAAUUCGUUUGGGAAUGGCGAGGAGUUCAUCAACGAAGUGAGCACUAUGGGAAGGAUUCACCACGUCAACGUGGUUCGGAUGGUGGGUUUCUGCGCUGACGGUUUCCGAAGAGCCUUGGUGUACGAGUUCCUGGCGAACGAGUCUCUGGAGAAGUUCAUAUUUCAGGGCGAAGACACUCUCGAUCCUUUCCUUAGCUGGGGGAGGCUCCAUGACAUCGCUCUUGGAGUGGCCAAAGGCAUAGAGUAUCUUCACCAGGGGUGUGAUCAUAAGAUCCUCCAUUUCGAUAUCAAGCCGCACAAUAUCUUGCUGGAUGACAACUUCAAUCCUAAGAUUGCGGAUUUCGGUCUGGCAAAGCUAUGUUCCAAGGAACAAAGUGCCGUGUCCAUGACUGCAGCCAGAGGUACCAUGGGCUACAUCGCCCCAGAAGUCUUCUCCAGGAACUUCGGAAGCGUGUCCUCUAAGUCGGACGUGUAUAGCUUCGGAAUGCUGCUGCUCGAAAUGGUCGGGGGGAGGAAAAACGUGGAUGUGAAUGCGAAGAACAUGAGCCAGAUGUACUUCCCGCAGUGGGUCUAUAACCAUCUUAAUAAAGGUGAAGAGAUUGAAAUACGAAUCCGAGAGGACAGCGACCAUAAGAUUGCCAGGAAACUGGCAAUCAUAGGGCUCUGGUGCAUUCACUGGUACCCGGCCGAUCGGCCUCCCGUGAAAGUGGUGGUUCAGAUGCUGGAGGGAGAAGAGUGCCCUGUCAUUCCAAAAAAUCCUUUCGUUUCCUCCGGUUCAGGGGAAGCUGGGACCAUGCGGGGACUCUGGAACACGAAUCUAGAGGUUAUCGAGGAAUAAGUCCGAAUGCCUUUGCGCAGUAUGUCAUCUCUCCUUGACCGAAAUGGAUGUGCAACAGUGAGGAAGUAAGUAGAGCUGUGACUCUACCGGAAAAUAGCCUGAAUACGCUCCCACCCCUUAGUACUUACCUGUUGUAUCAGAUCCAGUAUAUAUUGAGGAAUUCCUUUCCUCUCGUAUUUGUAACUAGGAUAGUUGUAUAAUAUUGGAUUCUAUCUACUUAUUGGAAGUGU